AUGGCGCUUUCACAUUCUUUAUACCUACGGCUCUCCACAUUACUUUUAACAGGCUUCGCGGGCGCAAAUCUAGCCUACAAGUCUAGACCAGAUCUUGCUGUUCCUGUCUUGAAUAUCACUAUCCCUGCUACGAAUGAGACGGAUCCUGGUCUUAUUUUCUAUACGCCUGAAAGUACCUAUGCGGAUAAUACUGGACAUGGACCUGCGCAAAGUGGUCCAUACAUCUACACCGACAAGGGCGAGUUAGUCUGGUCAGGCUUUGGAUUUGUUGGACCUCGAAGCGAGAAUUUUCAAGUCCAUACCUAUCGCGGAAAACAAGUGUUGAGCAUUUUUGAGGGCUCGCAUAAUUCGCCUAUGGGUCAUGGACAUGGCCAUACGGCUAUCUUUGAUAAUUCUUAUCAACUCAUUAAGGAGAUUAAAGGUGGUGGACAUAGACUUGCCGAUCAGCAUGAGUUUCUCUUUUUUGAUGAUCACUCUGCUCUUCAUACCGUUUAUGAGCCUGAAAUUCGCGACUUGACUCCUUACGGCGCUACAUCUGAAAAUCAGUCCUGGAUCCUGGAUAACAAGAUCCAAAAGGUUGAUACGAAUACCAAUCGUGUGCUUUGGGAGUGGAGUUCUCUUGAUCAUGUUGAUCCUGCAGGAACUAAUUUAACGCUUCAGAGUGGUAAUGCCGGACUCGGCGUGAACUCCAGCCAAGUUUGGCAUUACUUCUACAUGAAUGCGUUUGAUGUUGAUGCAAAGACGAAUACAAAUCUUCUUUCUGCUAGAAGUAUGUGUACCAUUUUCAAGAUGGAUGGUGAUACCGGCAAGAUUAUUUGGAGGUUAGGAGGGAAAGAUUCGGAUUUCGAGCUUGGGGACGGGGUCGAUUUCUGUUGGCAACAUGAUACGAGGAUGCAUGAGAAAUACCUUCAUCAUGAAAGUAAGGGAUCCAAAGAAAUUAUUUCCUUUUUUGAUAACUCUGCCCAUGAGAAUUUGGCGGGUGGACCUAUUCUUCAGAGUCGGGGCUAUAGUGCUGGGAAGGUUGUUGAGUUGGAUACGAAGAAGAAGACUGCGAAGUUGAUUGCUGAGUUUCGGGCACCGGGGGAUCUCUCCGUUCGGUCUCAGGGGAAUCUGCAGCUUUUGCCGAAUGGGAAUGCCUUUAUCAAUUGGGGGUAUGAUGGUAUGAUGUCUGAGCAUGAUCCGGAUGGAACGACUAUUUUCUAUACUGGAUUGGAUUCUGGGAAAUAUGGGCCUGGUUCUGAGAAUUAUCGUGCUUUCAAAUUUGAUUGGCAUGCUGUUCCGUUUGAGGAGCCAGCUUUGGUUGCUUUUAAGGAGGUGAAUGGAACUUCUCUUUAUGUGAGUUGGAAUGGAGACACGGAGACUACGAAGUGGAAGUUCUAUGAUGUGCAAAGUGGUGGAAAGAGAGUUUUACUCGGUCAAGCUGCUAGAACUGGGUUUGAGACUACUUUUCACACUAAGAAAAAGGUUGUUAAGGUUUUGGCGGAGGCUUACAAUGCUACUGGUCAUCGACUAGUGUCUUCUCCUGCUAUUGAGACUAGGGAGUACCGGGCACGGCUGUUUUACUCCUGA